AUAAAUAAUGUCUGGAUUGGGAAGAUUAAUGUACCAGGAAACAGAACAUGGCCAACACAUCACUCUCACCAAUCCUUGUGAUUCUCUUCUGGGGUUUAACUCUUGCAACUGGAAGAAGACUCUCACCACUCACCACCACUACUGCAACAUUCUCAUCAUCCCCCACUGAUGGUAUUUGCUCAUCUAUGGUCAAAACACAAGCCUAUACUUGCGAAGAACAUUUGGUGACAACACAAGAUGGUUAUAUUCUUAACAUGCCAAGAAUUAAAGUGGGAGAAUUAAGGGGGCCACCUGUUCUUCUACAGCAUGGGCUUUUCAUGGAUGGCAUAACAUGGUUAUUACUACCUUCAAAGCAGUCUCUUGCAUUUCUUCUAGCGGAUAAUGGGUUUGAUGUUUGGGUUGCUAACACACGUGGAACCAAGUAUAGCCGGCAACAUAUAACUUUACCUACUAAUAGCUCGGAUUACUGGAAUUGGUCAUGGGAUGAAUUAGUUGCAUAUGAUCUUCCAGCCACAUUCAAGUAUGUGCAUGAUCUAACUGGACAAAAACUGCACUAUGUUGGUCACUCACAGGGAACUUUGAUUGCGUUGGCUGCUUUUUCCCAAGACCAGUUACUGAACAUGUUGAGAUCUGCUGCCUUGCUUAGCCCAAUUGCUUAUGUUGGUCAGAUGACUUCACCCCUUGCUAAAAAUGCAGCUGAAAACUUCAUUGCAGAGUCACUGUACAACUUUGGAGUCUUUGAAUUUAAUAUGAGAGGGGUCUCUGUUAUAAAGUUUCUUAAGGACUUGUGCAAUAACACAGGCAUUGAUUGCACCAACUUGUUGACCUCUUUCACAGGCCCAAAUUGCUGCCUUAACCCUUCCAUUGUAAAUGUUUUUUUGGAUCACGAGCCUCAGUCAACAGCAACAAAGAACAUGAUCCAUCUAUCUCAGAUGAUCAGAGAAGGAACCACUUCAAUGUUUGAUUACCAGAAUCAAGAUGAGAACAUAAAACACUAUGGACAGCCUACUCCUCCAGCAUACGACAUGACAAGAAUUCCAAAUGAGCUUCCUCUCUUCCUGAGUUAUGGAGGCGCUGAUGCUCUUUCUGAUGUUAAGGAUGUGCAACGUCUGCUAGAAAUUCUUAAAGAUCAUCACCCAGAUAAGCUUGUAGUGCAGUACAGAAAUGAUUAUGCACAUGCAGAUUAUGUUAUGGGUGAAAAUGCUUAUCGAGAUGUCUAUGAACCUCUUAUAUCUUUCUUUAGGCUCCAGUGAUAUCUAGUGAAUAAUACAUCCUAUAGAAUUUUAUUA